ACAAGCCAGAGUUGUUGGUCUACCCACUGUGUAGAUGAGGAGACUGAGGCCUGGAGCCCCUGAGGCACACGGCAAGGAUCAGCAGUGUGGGGAAUGGAUGCAGAGAAGAAUUUGAGGGGCUGGGUGGGAUUCUUACCCCUGUCCAUUCCCUUUGCUAGGGCCAAUUCCCGUCCCCCCAGCAGCAUGGCUUCCUGUGCUGAACCCUCUGCCGUGGGCCCUGAGCCCGUCACCCUGCCACCUGCUGGGGUCCCACCGCUUGAGGACUUCGAGGUGCUGGACGGGGUGGAAGACGCAGAGGGCGAGGAGGAGGAGGAUGAGGACCUGAGUGAGCUGCCGCCACUUGAGGAUGUGGUGCGGCCCCCAGUGGAGGAGGCUGAGCAGCCCGGGGCCCUGGCCCGAGAGUUCCUGGCAGCCGUGGAGCCCGAGCCCGAGCCCGCCCCGGCCCCGGAAGAGUGGCUGGACAUCCUGGGGAAUGGGCUGUUGAGGAAGAAGACGCUGGUCCCAGGCCCACCCGGGUCAAGCCGCCCUACCAAGGGACAGGUGGUCACUGUGCAGUUGCAGACGUCACUGGAGAACGGCACACGGGUGCAGGAGGAGCCGGAGCUGGUGUUCACCCUGGGCGACUGCGAUGUCAUCCAGGCCCUGGAUCUCAGCGUCCCGCUCAUGGAUGUCGGGGAGACAGCCAUGGUCACUGCUGACUCCAAGUACUGCUAUGGCCCCCAGGGCAGCAGGAGCCCCUACAUCCCCCCGCACGCGGCCCUGUGCCUGGAAGUAAUACUGAAGACGGCCGUGGACGGGCCUGACCUGGAGAUGCUCACUGGGCAGGAGCGCGUGGCCCUGGCCAAUCGGAAGCGGGAGUGUGGCAAUGCCCACUACCAGCGGGCUGACUUCGUGCUAGCCGCCAACUCCUACGACCUCGCCAUCAAGGCCAUUACCUCCAGCACCAAAGUGGACAUGACGUUUGAGGAGGAAGAGCAGCUCCUGCAGCUGAAGGUGAAGUGUCUGAACAACCUGGCGGCCUCGCAGCUGAAGCUGGACCACUACCGCGCAGCGCUGCGCUCCUGCAGCCUCGUGCUCGAGCACCAGCCAGACAACAUCAAGGCGCUCUUCCGCAAGGGCAAGGUGCUGGCCCAGCAGGGCGAGUACAGUGAGGCCAUCCCCAUCCUGAGGGCGGCCUUGAAGCUGGAACCUUCCAACAAGACGAUCCACGCAGAGCUCUCGAAGCUGGUGAAGAAGCACGCAGCCCAGCGGAGCACAGAGACCGCCCUGUACCGGAAAAUGCUAGGCAACCCCAGCCGGCUGCCUGCCAAGUGUCCUGGCAAAGGUGCCUGGUCCAUCCCGUGGAAGUGGCUGUUUGGGGCGACUGCUGUCGCCCUGGGGGGCGUGGCGCUCUCUGUGGUCAUCGCUGCCAGGAACUGACUGCCCAGGUGGCUGCCACCUCCUCUGCACACCAUGGACCCCACCCUGUGCUCCCGAACUUCCCCAGACUCCUUGUCCACUGCCCUAUCUAGCCUAUCCCCCUCCCCUGGGGGGGUGCAGCGAGGUUUGGGGGUCAUGUGGCCCAGCAAGCAGGAGGGACUGAGGCCCUAUAGGAGGAAAAUGAGGCAGGGCCGGGGCCCCACGUCCAGCCCAGAGGGAGGGGGCCCUCAUUCCUCCAGACCCAAUUCCCACCCCGACUCCCACCCCCCUGAGUUAGGUCUCAACAGGGGCCGGCCUCAGUUUCCCCUUCCCAACAGGCCUGGGGGCAGCCCUUCUCCCACCCAAACCUUGUCCAAGUGCCAUCCCCUCUUGCCCUGCCUGCUGCCCUCUGUCCAGGCUCCCCCCACCGUGAAAUAAAGCCUCCCACCCC